GGCCGGGCCGACUUCCGGUUCCGGUGGCUGCGGCCGCGGGCGGGCUGGGAGGCCGGGAGGAAGGCGAGUGGGCGCUCCGGCUCGGCGCCUGCCCCUCGCCGCCCUCUGGGUGGCCGCCGCGCGGGGGCUGGGCUGCCCCCGACACCCUUUCCGGGCGAUGGUGCGACCCGAGGGCGCGUCCGUCUCCCGCCGCCGCUGACCCGGGUCCCCCGCUCCAUGGCCGCCUCGGCGCCGCCCCCACCGGACAAGCUGGAGGGAGGCGGUGGUCCCGCGCCGCCCCCCGCGCCGCCCAGCACCGGGAGGAAGCAGGGCAAGGCCGGUUUGCAAAUGAAGAGCCCAGAAAAGAAGCGAAGGAAGUCAAAUACUCAGGGCCCUGCAUACUCACAUCUGACGGAGUUUGCGCCACCCCCGACUCCUAUGGUGGAUCACCUGGUUGCAUCCAACCCCUUUGAGGAUGACUUCGGAGCCCCUAAGGUGGGGGGCGCAGCCCCUCCAUUCCUUGGCAGUCCUGUCCCCUUUGGAGGCUUCCGUGUGCAAGGGGGCAUGGCAGGCCAAGUACCCCCAGGCUAUGGCACCGGAGGUGGAGGGGGUCCCCAGCCUCUUCGUCGACAACACCCCCCUUUCCCUCCCAACGCUAUGGGCCCUGCUUUCAGCAUGCCCCCCCAGGGCCCUGGCUACCCACCCCCAGGCAACAUGAACUUUUCCAGCCAACCCUUCAACCAGCCUCUGGGUCAAAACUUUAGCCCUCCUGGUGGGCAGAUGAUGCCAGGCCCAGUGGGGGGGUUUGGUCCCAUGAUCUCGCCCACCAUGGGACAGCCUUCCCGAGGGGAGCUGGGCCCUCCUCUCCCCCAACGCUUUGCCCAGCCAGGGGCGCCGUUUGGCCCCUCUCCUCUUCAGAGACCUGGUCAGGGGCUCCCCAGCCUGCCCCCCAACACAAGUCCCUUCCCUGGUCCGGACCCUGGCUUUCCUGGCCCUGGUGUGGAGGAUGGGGGGAAGCCCCUGAAUCCACCCGCGCCCACUGCUUUUCCCCAGGAGCCCCACACGGGCUCCCCAGCUGCUGCUGUUAAUGGGAGUCAGCCCAGCUUCCCCCCAAACAGCAGUGGGCGGGGUGGGGGCACUCCAGAUGCCAACAGCCUGGCACCCCCUGGCAAGGCAGGUGGGGGCUCGGGGCCCCAGCCUCCUCCAGGCCUGGUGUAUCCGUGUGGUGCGUGUCGGAGUGAGGUGAACGAUGACCAGGAUGCCAUUCUGUGCGAGGCCUCCUGCCAGAAGUGGUUCCACCGGGAGUGCACGGGCAUGACCGAGAGCGCCUAUGGACUGCUGACCACCGAGGCCUCUGCCGUCUGGGCCUGUGACCUCUGCCUCAAGACCAAGGAGAUCCAGUCUGUGUACAUCCGCGAGGGCAUGGGACAGCUGGUGGCUGCCAACGAUGGGUGAUGCUGGCGCGGUGACCCAGGGAAGCGCGUACCUUCCUCCCUGCUCUCCCAGGGCGGCUGUUUCCGUGUCUGGCUCUUGGUCCUUUGUUUCCACUGGCUUUCCAUCCCCCGGAGCAGAAGUGCGGUGUCUCCUGAGGGCAGAAGAGGAACUGAGGUUGGACAGGCAGGAGCCUGGAUCGCUCACAGUUCUGGGAACUUUCACGCUGAGAUCUACAGAGAUCCAGGAAACCAAAGCCUGCCCAGCAGAGCCAUGGUUUGGUGGAUGUUUCUGGAGGCCGAGGGGUAUGGCUGCAAGAGAAAAGAGGCUGGAGGAAGAUCUGGAAGGCAGGGGGAUCCCUCUAGAUGAUGGGUGCCCCCAGCACCUGUGCCUAACACGCCUAUCUAGCCCCGCAGCUGCAGCCUUAGUUUUUGGAGUCACGUGUUAAAGGUUUCUCGCCAGAGGAGUUUGGGUCUCUUCCCGUCCCUGCAGUAGCCCUUCCCUGGGCUCUGGGAGAGAGCUGUGGGGAAUAAAAAGGGAUUUUCCUCUUUUCCUGCUCUCUCCUGCCUUCUCUAAAACCUGCUUAACUCUUCCCCCUUCAAAGAACCAAAUAGCUUGAAGAAACAGGAGAGUUCUUGGCCACGGCAGUUUCUUGGUGAUUUGGGGCUUCAAGACAGUAGGUAAGAGAUGCUGUCGGGACAGGUCUCCCUGGUACCAAAGUUACUGGUCCUUUCUCAGCUUCUCUUGUGCUUUUCUCCUCAUGACCAUAUUUUUUUGCCAAAAAUUGGGAUAUGUGGUCUGACCAGAAUAUUUGAAGUUUGGACAGUCCUGGAAGCCUGGACUCGGUGUUGUGCCGCCUUCCCCCGCCCUGCCCAUCCGUUGCACAUUAUUCGCGUUGGUCUUCAACUUCUGGUGCCCUUAUUCCCCCGCCUCCCUGGCUUGAUUGAAGGAAAGCUUGAAAGGGCACCGAGCCCUUAUACCUCAUUUCUUCUGAUAAAAGGAUCCCCGUCACAGCCUGUGGUUGGGGGGAGGCAGCAGGAACCCUCAUUGCCGAGGUCCUGAAGUGCCGUUCAGAGCCUGGGUGUUGCUUCUCUUUCCCCUGCUAUUGGUUGCAUCUUCUCGGGCCUGGCGUUCUAGCAGUUGUCAUUCCUCUCGGCCGUAGUUUUGGGCUUUAUUUGUUUUUAUUUUUAAAGCACUGCCUGCCAGAGGUGGACCUGGGGCCUGCACACAUGACCCAGGGGGUGGGGAAGGCGGGCCUGAGGAGUUGGUGGCCGCCUGGACCCCAGCAUGUGCAGAGGAGACAGGUUUGCUGCAGAACUCACUGCCUGCCCAGGUGGAGCCAGCGGCCUCUGUGCCCGCCUCUCAGUGUCCCCUGACUCUGAAGCCGCAGAGAGCAGCCCCCUCACCCCCCACUUUGUGUUGUGUUUGUGGUUCUGUUUGCCCCUCUUUUCUCUGUUGCUAUUUUUGUGCUGCCUCCCCCCAUCUCAGCAUUUUGUAAAGUGGCUCCUGGGGAAAUAUCUGCUUAGUCCCUCAUUCCAUUGUUUGGAAGAAAGUAGGGGUGGCAGAAAUGUGAUGGGGGGAGGGGUCUUUUGUACGGUUGGAUUAAUAAAACGACGUGAAAAUCCA